CAGCAAUGCUUCUUCUGCUAACGCCUUCCAAGUACUACGCACCCGGCGCGCGCCAUCAGGGCUGCCUCUUCGUCGCCCUGGCGGCUAUGGUCACGGAUAAGGUACCCCUCAAGUGGCAGUUGCCCGUCAGCGUGCUGGAGUGGGCGCUCAUCAUGACCCACAUGACGCUGUCGGACGUCCUGACCCAUGGGUCGCUCCAGCGGCCAGUGCACACCGCACUCAUCGUCGCGGCAUGCGUGGUGGCACUUCCUGCAGUCGUCAUGUACGGACCGGAACGCUCGACUCGGCAGCUGCGCCGCCGCGCCUCUGCAGCGGCCGCCGCCGCCGCUGCAACGGCUGCUUCCUCAACUUGUGCCGUCCUUUCGCCGCCGCUGCUGCCCACUAAGUGGGCGUUACGCAAGCAAGCGUGGUCUGGGUUGGGAUGCCCUUCUAGCCCCUUCACCGCUGCAUCAUCUAGCGACCAAGCGGCAAGCCCUAGCCCAAGCAGCAGCCUACUCCCUACGAGCCCCGAUGUGCUGCCCGACGCUGCACCGGUAAGCCCCAGACCGGAACCACAUGCCUCGGCCCAGCAGCAAGGCGAGUCACUACACACAGCAGCGCUGCCCCAGCAUCCACAGCAGCAGGAGCAAUCUCUACGUCUCUCCGACCGCGCACUGCAGCAGCCGCAGGAGCAUCUCCUGCAGAAGCAGCAGGCUCCCGGACGUACCG